AACAAACCGGUGAACCCGACGAGCGACAGGUUUCUACGCCUGUUCCCAGCAUCUCUUCCCCUCGUGCAAGAGCUCAUCCAUAUCCUGUAUCCCCCCAUUCCCCCUCGACCCAAGAGACCAGCCGGGCAAGAACCGAAGGCCCACGAUGAGCUCGGAGCCGGAGGUCGUCCACAGCGGCGGGUGCCACUGCCGGCGCGUGCGGUGGCAGGUGGAGGCGCCGGCGAGCGUGGUGGCGUGGGUCUGCAACUGCUCCGACUGCUCCAUGCGGGGCAACACCCACUUCGUCGUGCCCAAGGACAAGUUCGCGCUCCAGCCCGGCGCCGGCGACUUCCUCACCACCUACACCUUCGGCACCCACACGGCCAAGCACACCUUCUGCAAGGUGUGCGGGAUCACCUCCUUCUACACCCCGAGGUCCAACCCCGACGGCGUCGCCGUCACCGCCGCCUGCGUCGACGCCGGCACCCUGGCGCACGUCGAGUACAGGAAGGCGGACGGGAGGAACUGGGAGCAGUGGAUCGAGGGGAGCGGCAUCUCCGAGUUCUCCAAGCCCAAGGCCGCCGAGUAGGACCUGGCCUGGCCCGUGUUCGGUUCAGGAUUUCAGGUCAGUUUGGUUGGUGGUUGCUGGCUGAAACUCCUCUCCUUGUUAGUCAUGAAAAGUACGUAUGUGAGAAUAAACUUGGACAUGAUAGUCCAAACUUGUCCUGAAUUCUUCUCCUUGUUAGUGAAAAGUUUGGUUGGUGGUUGCUGUCUGAAUUCUGCAUUGCUCUUAAUGGAUGUCUAGACUCCGUUUUGGAAUGCUUCAUUCAGUAGCCAGCCAUGAGAUGAGAUGAGCCUAUACAUAUCCA